AUGAUUACCCCCUCGUUCAGUAUUGUGCAGGAUGAUAAAUGGCUAAUUUUCAUCAUCCGUGCACCGUAUGCAAAGAUUGCCGACACAGAAAUCGAAUAUGGUGACGAUAUUUUCAUGUUCUCUGCACCGCCUUAUUACCUCAGGGUGCAUCUUCCAAGAGAGGUUGUAGACGAUAACUCCGGAACAGCCAAGUACAACUCGUCUUUGGGUGAAUUCACUGUUCGUGUACCCAAGAAAAAUGUCGGCGAAAAUUUUCCUGGGUUAGAUAUGAUCUCUGAGCUUUUGAAUCCCCAAAAGAAACUAAGUGCUCAGCAACUGGUGGAAGAAUUACGCGACACCGAUGAUGAUGAAGAAGAUAGCGAAUAUUUUGUUGAACAGAAGGUGACAGACAUUCAAGCCGGCUGUAGCGAUAACUCUAAAGGUGACUACGGUUACGGCUUUGCUCAGCGUCGCAAAGGAAUACUUGGUCAACUCAGCAACGAAAUCGGCAAAUUAGUUGAAGUAGACGAUCCAGAAAAUUCUCCCAUCCAUGAAAGGAGUGCACAAUGCGCUGAGCGAGAUUCAAAAGCUUUUGAUGCUGAACGCUAUUUGUUAGAUUUGUUGGAUCCUGAAGAUGCACUCCAGCGGGCAAUUAUGCUAGAUUUUGGCCUGAAGUUGGAGGUUGACGCGGAUGAUAGGCAACGUCUGAAAGAUUUCCCGAGAAAACGUUUGCCAAUGCUAUCCAUACAAGAACAGCGACUUGUCUCUCUUUCCUUAAUAGACAUAGUGUUCGCUUUUGUUUACGAUUCACGAAUUAAUGAGUGGGAAACCUGCUGUGAAACCGGGUGGAACAUCACGAAGGUGUCACCUAGCCUCGCAUUCCUCUGUCAAUGGAAAAGUGCUAAAGAGGCUUUCGUUGGUGGCGUACGGAGAUCGCUUUGCUAUCCUUUAUAUAGGAGCUGGGAUUUAUCGUCGAAAGUUGUUGACGACACAAAACUCGUGAUAAGUAGAGGUAGAACCGCACUAUUACAUAUUCUGUGCCAAGUGCACGGUAUUCUAAUCGGUUCUGGAGAAUUUCGCUAUCUUUUCAAUGACCUAUUUAUAACGGAUUACUGCCUGUGGAUACAAUCUGUUGACGAAGCUGUGCUGAGAUGGCUACAAAAAAGCGUUGCUGAUGUUGAAAUUCACAAAUCAGAUGUGGGACUAGAUUUGGAAGAGAUCGAGCUUGAAGGUCGUAUGGCUACAUUGAAGGUUGAGGAGCCUCCACAGCUGGAUAGCGAUGAUGAGCCAGAGUAG